GGCAGCAGGUUGGAAAACAGGAUAAGCUCUGAUCUAUUCUGUUCGUGGGUGAGGCGCUGUGUAGCGUUCGUGUUAAUUUUUUUGCGCCGCUUUCUGUGCGAUUGCACACUUUUCUGCGUGAUGUUACGCGACUUUCGGUCAUCGGCGCACUUCAACCGCAUGACGUUCCGAUGUGCGGAAAUCGCAGCGUUUCCACACGCCGUCACUGCGCGAGACUAAAAAGUCGGCCAAGCGGGAAGAGAAAAGUUGCGGACGUGUUUUCCAGGAAAAGCACGAUUUCUCGGAUAGAAUGUGGAACAUUGUAACUGCGGCGUGAACAAGCGGUUGCAGCGCAGCCUCGGUUUCCAUGAUUACACUAGUGCAGACUCGCCUGCUCGCCAUAUUUGUGCGCUUGGAAACUCGGGGUGAAAGUUAAGAGGGAGAGAGAGUUAUGACAUUUGUGGCGCACAAUCCCUUCAUGGAUCUGCAUGACUUUGAUCGCAACCAAAGGGACUCUGCGGAGCCGGCAACGGAAAAGCAACUGUCAUUCAGAAGGUGCUGCGCAGCAAAGAGGAUGUGAAGAACAGGCAUCAAACUUCAACUGUGAUUCUACAUUUCCUUUCGGAUUGCUGUUUCAUUCCACAUGCUAGCUGUGUACAAAAGGAAACCGCAGGAAGUCAAAGCACACUACAAGACCAGGACGUCAAGAUCUCUGCGCCAUGAGCCUUCCUCCUCAAAUGAGUUCUGACAAAAACAGCAAUCAUCGGGCAGUGGCGGCUAUGAAAGAGCCUUUGCAGAAUUCAGGGGAGGUUUAUUAUGGACUGGGACCUCAGUCUUUGGAGUCCAGUCAGAGUGAUACUGCUGGAAGUUCUGGGGUUUACAACCCAGAGAAAGGACCUCAGGUUCUACCGCCUUACCAACAGGUCGCCCCGGUUAAGUGGGUGCACCAGGAGCCCUCACAAGCACCCGGCUGGCCUCAGGAAGCACCUGUGCCGGGGUGGGGUCAGAACUUUGGGGCUUAUAUGGGCGCCGUGAAUGUUCGCGGUCAGAUGACGUUCCACAAGGAAGUCCAUGAUCCUCUUCAGAUGAGUGCUGAAAAUCAGCAGGUUUACAGAGAAACCCCCCGUGCUUCAUCUCAGAGCAGGGGGCUCGAGUGGGAGCAGCAUGCCAUGCACCAGGCCCAACUACAAACAUUUCAGCACAAAGGCAUGGAGCUACAGGGUGCGGCCCACGUCCCCCCUCACAACGUUCAGGGCGCCAUGCUGCAGCCCUUCCAAACCACAUUCAACAAGCAGCAGUUCCCACAGGGAUACUACUCUGUAUUCCCGAGCAACAAGGGAAUGCAGGGCUUGCCCUACAGCGAGCAGCCCAAAACCCAACAGCAACAGCUGCUUCACCACAUGCAGCAGCAACAGUUACAACAGCAGCAGUUGCAGAAACAACAUCAACUACAACUGCAGCAGCAACUUCAGCAACAGCAGCAGCAAAUACAACAACAACAAAUACAGCAUAUGCAGCAGCAGUACCACCACCAACAACAACUACACGAGCGACAGCAACAAAUGCACAAAAUGCAGCAGCAAGCACAAAAUGUCCCCCAUCAAGGCACACAAGCUCCUAAUUUCAUUAGCUACCAGCCUUCUGAACCUUGUCUACCUGACACCACGUCCCAAAAGGAAGCGGUGCCGAUAGCAGAGACGUCAAAGGAUAUCCAACUUGAGCCAUACACAUCAGAACCAGUUGAUGCAGCGCCUGCUGCCCCUAGACGCUCGCGACGCCUUUCCAGAGACGGUCAAUCCCCGUUAGUGCCACCCUCUGCAAAUUUUUGGGCUCAAGCUCCAAAAGAAACCUCCCAGAAUGGAUUAUCAGGGGCGCAGACUGCAAGAGGAGAGGACAACCAGGCUGUGACAGGGGGAGUCAUCCAGAGCACCCGGAGGAAAAGAAGGGCAUCCAAGGAGAUUAACUUGGAGACUCUGGCUCAGAAGGCGUCGGAAAUGCCCUCCAUGCCGGAAUCCAUAUCUGCUGGCAAAACUGAGGGAGAUGGUCCUCGGGGCAAACAAUCCAACAUGGUCCCGUUAAUCAUCCCCGUGUCGGUCCCAGUGCACAGGAUUCAAAUGCACGGUCACGGUGCGUCGGCACACGGACGAGCGGGCCAGGCUGAGCGUCCCUUGGCGACGUCUGACUGCAAGCCGUCCGUCAUCGUGGCUCGACGCAGAUCCCUCAGAAACUCGGUGACAGACAGCUUUGAGCAGGACGGAGAGAAUGAUCCCGGACUGGAUGAGGAGGGAAAAACCAAACAAAAGCGCAGACCACGACCGGAACCUCUCAUCAUUCCUCCACCCAGACCUUCCACGUUAAUCCCGGCCUCAGUUUACUCCAACAUCACUGCCUACCAGAGCAACCUCCGCUCCCCCGUCCGGCUUCCGGACAACCCGCUCAUCUUGCCCCCCUACACUCCCCCUCCUAUCUUAUCUCCUGUGCGAGAAGGCUCGGGACUUUACUUCUCCACUUUCCUCACCAACUUUGCUGCCAGCAACCAAAUUCACCUGCCGCUGCCGACGCCAAAGACGGCCACCAGAAGCCUCUUACGCUCCACAAGUUCAGACAUCACACCGCCAGUUCUGCCCUUGAUUACCGACGCCACGCCUGUCAGCCUCGAGCCGCGCAUCAACAUCGGGCAGCAGUUCCAAGCGGAAAUUCCCGAGUUGCGACAGCAGCAUUCGUCUCAAUUUGACCCACACAAGGCUGACUUGGUUUGGCUUCCUUUGGAAGACAGCCAUCUUAAACACACAGAAACAGAUAGAGUGGAGAGUCUGAUGAACAUGGCUUGUUGUAGUGUGCUCAGUGGAGGAGGAACCAACCAGGAGCUUGCUUUGCAUUGUUUACAUGAAAGUGGAGGGGAUUUCAUUGCAACUAUCAGACAUUUACUUCAUCAGGACCCAGUCUUCCCUGAAGGCCAUCACCUGGCAGAUUAUCACUACUCAGGCUCUGACAGGUGGAGCACGGAAGAGAAACAGUACUUCAAUAAAGGGAUGUCUGCCUAUAGCAAGGACUUCAUUUUGGUGCAGAAACUGGUGCAGACCAAGACAGUGGCUCAGUGCGUUGAGUUCUACUACACAUACAAAAAGCAAGUGAAGAUCGCCAGAAAUGGGAUUUUAACCUACGGCCCUUCAGACUCACCUGUGGAUAAUAAAUACACAGAGGCUGUCGUGGAUGUAAAGAGUUCUCAGCAAUCUAAACCGACCCACCUAAAUGUGGAAAUCAAGGAGCAGCCUUCUUAUGAGCAGGAGAGCAAUCCACAAGCAAUAAUGGCUCACUCACUUCAGGCUCAUGAUUACGCGGGUUCUGUGCUCGUGGUCAAAGAGCCAGAGAACGUUCUCAAGGACGCUAGCUACACAUCCGCUCCACAGAGGCCUCGAAGUGACGCUGCAGCAAAGAAGGCCAAAGUUCCAGUAAAACCCACGCUUGAUCCUGAUGCAGUAUUUCCAUGCAAGAAAUGUGGCAGGGUGUUCAACAAGGUGAAAAGUCGCAGCGCCCACAUGAAAAGCCAUGCCGAGCAAGAGAAGAAAGCCGCGGCUCUGCGACAGAGGGCGGCGGAGGAGCAGGCGGCAGCGGCGGCCGCCCAAGCCCGCAAGGAGGCCUUAUUAGCGGUGGCAGCGGCGGCAUCACACCAGGGCGGAAAAGGAGCAGAGAACCAAGGGGAGCCGAGCAGCAGCUUGGAAGACUCAUCGGAAGUGGAGGAGGACGACAAUGACGAGGACUGGCACUGAGACCAAAGUGGAAUUUGUGGCUCAGUUGAUUUGGAGGGAUGUACACGAACGAUUGAGAGCUGGAAAAAGCACUAGAGAAACGUUUCAGGUCUUCCUGUGGACUUCUUGCACUCCUCUCCUGGUUGAUAAUGUACUGUCGGUAUUCAUCAGCCAGGCUUACGCUCCGUAUUUUCACACAUUUGUAACAUUUUAAAUAUUGCAAAUCAAUUUAUUUUUGUCUAAAUGCACUUAUACAGAACGCUUUUUGCCAAUGUUGCCUUUUUACAAUACUGUGUAUCCUUUAUUUAAUUAACUGUGCGUCAUAAAUAUAAGGCGUUUUCAGUAUAAGGACUGGCCCCGGGUUAUUUGGAAUUUAUGAUCAGGUAGUCUGAAAUUUACACAGAACAAAAACAAGGUUGUUUAUGGUUCGUUUUUUUUUAUUCAAAUGUGUUUUCGGAAUAUUAUGUUGCGUGUGAACAUGCUGCAUUGAAUGUUGCUGAUUUUAUUUUAAGUUUGGUUGUUCACUUACAACUAAAUAACCUUUAAAAGUAAUAUGUACAAAAGUAUAUAUAAAGUUUGCAGUAUUUAUGCUUUUUCAACGAUUUUGGUAAUAUAAAAAAUAAUCCUAUCAGAUGCAAUAUAACUUGUGAAUUGAACGAAAAAACAAUUAAAAAUAAUGAGAAUAAUCAGUUUGGGGUUUUGU